AUGUCAGAGGAAGACCUGUCCAUUUCGGAGAACCAGAUCCCUGUGGCUGCACAGGACCCUGCGGCGACAGAGGACGUUUCUUCCUCUUCCUCCUCCACGUCCUCCUCCUCCUCCUCCGCCAUGUCCUCAUCCGCCUCCUUAUCUUCCUCUUGCUUUCCUCACCUCUCAAGCAGUGAAGAAGAGGUUUCUACCAUUUCAGCAACCCUGAGUCCCCUCCGGGGCCCUGAGCGUGCCUGCCGCUUCCCCACUGUCUCUGUCUCCGUGCCAUCGACACAAUCCGAUGGUGGCUCCGGCAGCACAGUGGAGGCGGGUCUGGGCACUUCACAGGUCCUCAGUUCCUUUCCCAGUAUUGUGAUUUAUGACAACGCACCUCAGUUGGUGGCCUUCCUGCUCCUCAAGUACCACACCAUGGAGCGGACCACCACUAGGGUAGAGAUGCCGGAGGUGCUGGGCCUGGAUCACCAGGACCAGUUCCCUGUGAUCUUCAGUUGCAUCUCCGAGUGCUUGCAGCUGGCCUUUGGCAUCGACGUGAAGGAAGUGGAUCCCAGCGACCACUCCUACAUCCUGGUCACAGCCCCGGGCCUCACGUACAGCGGGCAGCUGAGCUAUGAGCACAGCCUGCCCAAGAGCAGCCUCCUGCUGUUUCUCCUGACCAUAAUCUACAUGGAGGGUGACUGGGCCCCUGAGGAAAAAGUGUGGGGGAUGCUGGGUGUCAUGGUGAUGUGUCCCGGGAGGGAGCAUGUCAUCUUCGGGGACCCCAGGGAGCUCAUCACUCGGGUCUGGGUGCAGGAGCAGUACCUGGAGUACCAGCAGGUGCCCGACAGCGAUCCCACUCACUUCCACCUGCUCUGGGGCCGCAGGGCUCACAUGGAAACCGACAUGGACAAAGUCCUGGAGUUUAUGGCCAAGGUCAAAGAUAGCACCGCUAAUGCCUGUCUUCCCUGGUAUGAGGAGGAUCCCGUGGCCGACCUUCUGACCGAGUUCGUUUAUCAGUGGCAAGACGUCUGCCAGGAAGCACACAGAAGGAUCCCGGGGGAGCAGCCCAGCUUCACCCGCCUUCCCCAAACAGGGCGUUCCUCCCCCCUGCGGAACUGCUGGGCUGUCCCAUCCCACUGCCCACACAGCCACAUCCACAGCCACGUCGAAGUUGACAGUGGGCAGCAAUGUUCAGACAUCUGGUCGUACCCCUCGGUGUCUUCAACAAUCUCUGCUUUCGGAAUGAGCUGA